CAUCACUGACUGACUGGAAGAAAGUGAAAAGCGGAAACGAAAGAAAAACUUUGCGAUUAUUUUGUGCAAUCACCACUCAUCCUCGUCUGUGCGUAUUUGGAUAAUAUUUUCGCGUUGUUUUGAGCAUUUACGUGCGUUUGAAAUUGUACGGAUUUGUCGGUUCGCGUUAGGAAAACAUGUUUACGGAACGUUGAUGGUGGAAAACUAAACGGCCGAAGCGCGAAAUCCGAAAAUCAUUCGAAAGAGGAAGGAAGUCACCAGUCAGUCAGCGGAUCGGUGCGUGCGUUUCUCGUGAAUCGCUGUGCAAGGCGGAGGAGCCCCGUACCCGGAGAGAAAGGGCAAAGUGGAUUGUGCAAGUUUUGUUUGUCGCUGCUGCUGUUCGAUUUUUCAAGUGACAUUGAAAACCUAAGAGGAAUAUCUUUUCGUAUCGAGCUAUCGGUUCAAGUGCAGUCAUUGGCAGUAUCCACUUUGCAUCGGACCGUCAUCGUCACUUGUGGAUUUGAUAAGACCUGCUUAUCAUAAGUUGUGUGAGAUUUUUUUAGUAGAAUCGGAAUGUUUAUACAUACCACAAUACCAUUAGUUGUUCCUUAUUACUAAUGCUAGUUAAUGUAAAUAUCUGUGUAAAAGAUAAUGUUAUCAAGGUGAACAAAGUGAGCUGUACUGCAAGUAAACAUUUAUCGUAUUUCUUCCAUUUUUGUUGAUGUCACUGAAUGUGUUGAAUCGUGUGAACAUAAGUUAUAUGACGUUUGUGGAAUGACUCAAUGACAUUUCCCAAGUCGUGUAAAACCUUAUCCCAAUUCGUCAAACGCAAAUCAACCAAAUUGACCGACCGAAUCACCAGAAACCUUGGUAUGGAACGCAAGGGAAGCUACGGUCAUGUAAAAGCCUUGGUGAACAGCAUCCACGGGUCCUUCCCAGGCGCUGUUCUUCUGGACACUGGGUCCUUGGGCAGCAACCCUUCGUCCUCUGCCACCGAAGUGACAGCCAGUGUGGCCACUUUCGUUUCACCAACCGACGACCCUACUGGUGACUCCGGCGCCGCUUCACCUAGCAAAAUGCCCCAUCGGCUUAGGAUACCAUCGCUGGUGGUCACAGGCUCGCAGUCACCCUUCCACAUCGCCAGUAACCCACCGGGAAUGGGCGAGGGAGACAACUCCUUGCGCCGAUUCAGUUUUGCCCUAAUGAGACGUCAUUCGAAUACGGCAUUGAAUCGGUGCGAUUCAAUGGGCUCUCUGAGUCACCGGACACUGCUUCAGUUUUUGGAUUCGAACGAUUUAGCUGGGCUCAAAUCUUUCCUAGGCACCCGCCAGCUGCAGGUCGACGACCGAGAUGAUAAUGCCACCACAGUGUUGAUGAUUGCCAGUGGCCGUGGCGCCACUAGCUUCGUCAAGGAAUUGAUCGCACGAGGAGCAGAUGUACAAGCACAGGAUUUGGACAACUGGUCUGCGCUGUUGUUCGCUGCCAAGGCGGGCCACGUGGACAUCGUCGAGAUUCUGCUGGACAAUGGCGCCGACAUUGAACAUCGGGAUAUGGGUGGCUGGACCGCUCUCAUGUGGGGUUCCUACAAAGGGCACACGGCUGUUGUGUCGCUGUUGGUACAGAAAGGAGCCGACGUUCAAGCCCAUGGCAAUUAUCACUUGAAUCCGUUGCUGUGGGCUGCAGGUCGUGGCCAUACCGAAAUUGUGAAAAUAUUGGUCAAUACGGGAGGAGCCAAACCGAAUGUGGGUGAUAAGUACGGAACGACUCCGUUGGUUUGGGCCUGUCGGAAGGGGAACGCAGAGAUCGUGGACACUCUUUUGAAAGCAGGGGCAAACGUCGAUACAGCUGGUAUGUAUUCGUGGACUCCGCUUUUGGUCGCGGUUACUGGUGGCCAUCAGGAGUGUGUCUCACUGCUGUUGGAGCGGAAACCCAAUGUGAACGCACUGGACAAGGAUGGGAUGACUGCACUAUCGAUUGCAUGUAGAGAAGGGCUAACGGAAGUGGCAUCUGCUUUGAUUGCGGCCGGAGCUUAUGUGAAUGUUCAGGACCGUGCGGGUGAUACGCCUCUGAUCAAUGCCGUUAAAGGAGGAUACCGCAGUGUGGUAGAGAUUUUGCUAAAACGUCAUGUUGACGUGGAUAUACAGGGAAAAGAUAGGAAGACUGCCUUAUAUACCGCCGUGGAAAAAGGACACACUAUAUUAGUAAAACUGAUUUUACAAUCCAACCCUGAUUUGGAGCUAUCGACGAAGGAUGGUGACACGCCGCUCUUGCGAGCGGUACGCAAUAGGAAUCUUGAAAUGGUGCAAAUGUUGCUGGAGAGGAAAGCAAAGGUUGGUGCUGCCGACAAACGGGGAGAUACAUGCUUGCACGUAGCCAUGCGGGCCCGUUCCAAAGCGAUCGUUGAGGCUUUACUUAGCAAUCCGAAAUACAGUCAAUUACUGUAUCGCUCGAAUAAGGCAGGAGAAACCCCUUAUGGUAUUGAUGCAAUGCAUCAGAAGACAAUUCUAGGACAAGUUUUCGGAGCACGGCGCCUGAAUGCCAAUGAAGAUUCGGAAGGAAUGUUAGGCUACGGGUUAUAUUCUUCAGCACUAGCAGAUGUACUUAGCGAACCGACGUUGACGACCCCAAUCACCGUUGGUUUGUACGCCAAGUGGGGAAGUGGUAAGAGCUUUCUGUUAGCAAAACUUCGAGAGGAGAUGAAAAGCUUCGCCCAGCAAUGGUCUGAACCACCGAUUCGUGCUCCGAUAUUGUUCUUCCUAGUUUGCCUUCACGUCGCCGUUGUAAUUGGUACAGUUAUUGGACUCGCUACCUGGAGUUACAUCUUGGGACUCGUUACCGGAAUUUCACUGUUAAUCCUGAUCUACUUUUUCAACUAUUUAUUCAAAUUCCUGGACCGACGGUACGAUCUUGAAUGGCUGUAUAGCCUGAACUAUGGUUUGUCAAGGAAGCUCGGGCGGCUUCGGCUCAUACUACAAGUGGCCUUCUGCCAUCCACCUGGUCCGCAAAGCGAUUCCCAACCAAUGCCGGUUCGCUUUCAUUUUGCGGAAGCGAGUGGCGCCGCCCCGAAUGGAGAUGCUGCCGUUGCCUUAAUGUUGGCUUCAAUAUUUGAUGCCAUCGAAGCUCACUACGGAUCGCUGGCGACUGGGUUGUACCGUGCAUUCAGACCAAAGCCAUUGAAAGCAACUGGAGGCUGGAAGUGGCGCCGGAUGUGCUGUAUGCCUGUGGUAUUGUUAUUUGAACUGGGAGUGUUGGGUGUUGUUACAACGGCUUCUUUAUCUAUUGUUUAUACAGAAUACGGUAGCAGUGGGAGGGAUGAAAUCGCUGUUGCCAUCUAUAUCCUCAUCGGGUUCCUCCUGGCAGGAACGAUUGCCAAUCUGCAUGCGUGGUCUAAACUGAUCGGGGCACUUUUCAUGUCGCAAGGAAAACAUCUGAAACGAGCAUUUAACAACAACGAGGCUGCGCCUCUCACAGCUCUAGGAGCCGAAGUAAGCUUGAUGACGGAUAUGGUUCGCUGUUUGGAUGCAUUUACUAAUCAACAGAGUCGACUGGUUGGAGUUGUCGAUGCUCUGGAUUCCUGUGAUACUGAACGAACGCUGACCAUACUGAAUGCCAUUCAAACACUCCUCUCAGCUCCGCAACGGCCAUUCGUGUUGCUAUUGGCCGUUGAUCCUCAUGUUAUAGCUAAAGCUGCAGAGGCUAACAGUAGGCGAUUGUUCACCGAGGGCGGUAUUGGAGGUCACGAUUUCCUCAGAAAUCUAGUCCACCUUCCGGUAUAUCUGCAAAAUUCCGGCUUAAGAAAAGUUCAGCGUGCUCAAAGUACUGCAAUGGCCACCUAUCGCCGUAUCGUUCCGGACAUUAGCAGGGACGAUGAACCACACCUGGGGCACUCGGCAUCUGCUAGACGGUUAUCGAAUGCUUCCGAGAUCAUGUCGAGCCAAGAGAAACUCCGAGCCAUGCCCGGAUCGUCUAGGGGAGGAAGUAAAAAACUGCGCGUGUCAGACUCAAUUGCCAGUUCUAUUGGAUCGAAUCUCCAUAAACUGGGUCAAAAUCCACCGGUAGAUCUAUCGAAAAUUGUUUUGACCGAUGAUUAUUUCAGUGACGUGAAUCCUCGCAGCAUGCGAAGAUUGAUGAAUGUUAUUUACAUAACCGUGCGCCUUCUAAAGGCCUUUCAAAUAGACUUUAGUUGGUACCGGCUAAGUUCGUGGAUCAACCUUACAGAGCAGUGGCCUUUGCGCGCCAGUAUGAUCGUGCUGGAACAUGACCAAGCUGGAGAGAAUUUUGACGAUUCCAUGUCGCUGCAGGCGGUUUACGAUAAGGUUCGUCCGAAGAUUGCUUGCUUAAGAGAAGCAGCGAAUUUGCUAGAUCUGGACAGAGACGAACGCAAACUGGAUGCGUUUCUACAGCUGCACAAAUCCGAUUUGCUGGUUUCGGAUUUGAGAAUUUUCCUACCAUUUACCAUCAAUCUGGAUCCAUACCUGAGGAAAGUGCUUAAAGAAGAUCAGCAAGCAAUGGAAGAUGAGGGCAUUAUAAUCCCCAUCAAGAGCACGUUACCACCCAUGAAGCCGCACAGCUUCGUUCCUACGCGCCAUUCACACCAGAACAUCAUUCAUCCGACCCCGCAGCAUCCGACGAGUCUUCCAACAUGGGCCGGUUUCUUCAAUACUCCUCCGGCCAUGGCUAUGAUGAACUAUUACAACCCGAAUUUAGCUAAUCUAAUGCACCCCGAUGGCGGCAGUAUGAAAAAGACCGGAUCGUCAGGCAUCCUCAUCGAUCACACCAGCAGUGAUAAUCAUUCCAAUAAUGGUACUUCUUCGCUAUCAGGAAACUCCAAGCAGCCUACGAAGAGCCUUCUUAAUCGUGGCUCUCCGCCGAUUGACUUCGAUAUCUCCAACAUCCAACUCGACAAGUUGACCGUCGAUGAACUUAUCGAGUUACUGGGUCGGGUAAGCGACCUGAAGCCGGCCCUGGACAAAAUGGCACCAGUAUUGCGAGACAACGCCAUAUCCGGCCGGGUACUGUCGUACUGCAGCUUGGACGAACUGAAAACCGUACUUAACCUGAGCUUUGGGCACUGGGAAAUCUUCAAAAUGCUGAUCCUGCAGCUACGUGAGAACAAUAGCGUUUUGAAGAAGACCACCAAAACCACAACGUUCGCAAAAGGCGUAGGCGACAGUUUGGAAAUCAGCGAUAGUCUACCCACGUCCACGCAGUCGCCCGCAUCGCAAUCCGUAUUCCAACCAGUGCGACAGAAAUCUCAAAACCUUUUGGAGAAACAGCCGAACAAGGUUCAUGAUUAUGAGUAUCUACAGGUGACCUUGGAGGAACAGAUGAUCUGCGGUGCCUUGCAAACCCUGAACGAGGACGCAUUCGAGGACGUGGUCGGCAGCGAACGGCCCAGCCCGAGUGGUGAGAUGUUUUCCCAGUACCUAGCGCCAAUCCGCGAGAGCUCGGAAAUUGGUUCACCGCCGAGGCUUAGCUAUAACUUCACUAACCCCAACUUGCUAGAUCGCUCGCCUGGUGCCGCCGCCGCCAAUGGCGAAGAUCCCUUCCAUCAUCAUCGUUCUCAGCUAAGGUCGCACAGCUUGCACGAUGAGUCUCUAUCCAGUGUUGUUAUCAUGCCGCACUACCCAUCGAACGUGGAUGAUACCAAACUAUAGGCGUACUUUUUCAGUUUUAUGUUAUUCUCUUUUGUUCGUUAGUACAAUUUUAUUAUUCGGUUUAAUAGACGAUCGACCUUUUUCGUGCAUUAGCUGACGCUCACCACGCUGGCGUAGUGCACGCGCAGUGUGCUUGUCUGGGUCAUGAUGGCCCUGAUGCACGACUAGGGGUUAAUGUUCAAUCAUGCCUUUUCUAUUCGAAUUAUGAUUGGUGGAACGUUUCAAUGCUGAACAACAGAGGUUCUAUGGGUAUUUAAAAAACUGGUAAUCUUAUACUAUUUAUCCCAUUCAUUGUCUACUUACAGGAGUUUCUUGCAUUAGGUAGCUUUUGUAUGUAUGUAAUUCAUGGUGGAUGAAACUUUCGACUUAUAACAGCUUCGAGUUAUAACCAUUUGAUCAAAAUCGAGGGGUCUGCAAAAAAUGUUGUGGCUCAAACUAACGGAGGUUCCAUCAAUUUGAGUAACCAAAUGCAUUUAUGCAUUUUCCUUACUUUUUAGGCGAGGACUUUCAGAAAAUCAUCACCUAAAACGUUUUCAAAUACAAGGUGUAAAUAGUGGGCCGGUCUCAGCGAGAGUUAAUCCAAUAUAAUUUAUCGUAAUACGAUGGUAGAUAAUGAUGUUUUUAUUGGAAAUUUUAGCGCUAACACAUUUUUUUCAAUUUUGUAUUAUUUUUAUUUCAACCUGCUCUUAAACAGAUGAUAUCUGAAUGAAUGAAACUUUAGCAUGUGAUAUAUCCUAUAUAACAAAAUAUGACGCGCUUUUGUUGACAAUAUUUGUUAUUUAGCAUUGAAAUGUUUGAUUAUUCACAAUUCGUGUUACUCUGAUUGAUCGUUAACCUUCUACGAUCAACAAAGCGACAAAUAUCUAAUCUAUUUAUACGAGAUAUUAUAAUGCCUUUGUUUUCUAGAAAAAUCACCAGGGUGCGAGGCAGCCAUGUUUAAGAAUCCAACAUCUUGUAUGUAAACAUUUGUGUAUCCACAAAGGAUUCCAUUGUGGAUACACGAUAGAUGUUGGCUCCUGUCAGAUGCAUUAGGUGGGAUUGGGGUUGCCAUAUACGUGAGAAAAAUAAAAUGCAACAGUCCUCGUCCUAGUAAACACACGUGGCAUGGCGUCGCCUUUGUAGAACUAUCAUGCCAAAUAGGGAAACUAUCCAAUUCGAACAAAGUACAAUAAAAAUCGGUCGAUUAGAAGCGUAUUUAAAAAUUCCACACCAGUAUUUUUGCCAGGACAAACAAUUGGAAGAAUCUGUUAGACGUGUCCGCACUUCAUCAUUUGCUGAAUCUUUAGGUCCAAUAAGUGCAUCCGCCAUUCCUCCCAACCAGAUGCCAUUGAUAGUAAAAUACACUCAAAAAGUUCAGAUUAUGACAGCCACAAAAAAAAACCUACAAACCAGUCGGGCAUAGUGUAUUAGAGUGUGGUGUGCAUCCUAAUAAAAACCAGAAGUAUACAUAUUUACGGACGAUGCAAUCGAACCUCCUAA